AUGUUCAGUUUAAUUUAUAUUUUUUUGCAAAAAAAAGAGCUGUCCUCAUAUGAGAACAAGCCCCUGUCAGGGAGGGUCUUAACUUGCCCGGGUUUGCUUUGCUUGCCCGAGUUUGCCGGUCAUUUAUUAAUUUAUUAAUGUAAGUACACGCCUUCCCCUUACGUUAGUAGUGGACAGGUGUCCCAGAGCGACGGUGCUGACUUACAGAGGCAUACAGCGCCAUAAAUUGCCAGAACGCAACGGGGAGGACACUGUGGGUUCUACAAA